AUGCGGGCGAGCCAGGAGCUGGAAGUGCUGUGGCAGAGGUCGGGAAAGGUGACGGACUUUUCGGAGCGGGCGGUCGCAGAGGCGGAUUCCUUCGCAAAGGGGAUGACGCAAAAGGUGACGGGUCCAGGGGUGGAAGGAGAGGGCGUCUCGUUGGAAGGCGAGCUGGGCCGUUAUUUCCCCACAGCCACGCCAGCUACACCUUCGUCAUACCUGUCACCAGAUGCUGAGAAGAAUGAUGGCAAGAAGACCCAGCAGGGGUUGCAUGAUUCAUGGUUGCGCAUGAACACGUUCCAAUCGCAGCUGCUCAACAUGGGCAUCCCGAUGCGGGCGAGGGAGGAUAUGGAAGAAGGUAUAGGGGAUGACUGGUGGGCAAAGACGUUAGGGAACAAAAAUCUAUACAACACUUGGAUAUGA